GUCACGUGGGGAGGCGCGGGGUGGUUGACGGGAGCUGGCUGGGCUGAGGGCCGCGGGGCCGGCGCCCGCCGCGAGCCAUGGGGCUGCCGGCCGCGUAGGGGCCAUGCCGCCCGGGCCCCGGGCCUGCCCCGCUCCGCGCCGGGAUGGUGAACCUGGCGGCCAUGGUGUGGCGGCGGCUCCUGCGGAAGAGGUGGGUGCUCGCCCUGGUCUUCGGGCUCUCGCUCGUCUACUUCCUCACCAGCACCUUCAAGCAGGAGGAGAGGGCAGUGAGAGAUCGGAAUCUCCUCCAGGUUCAAGACCACGAUCAGCCCAUCCCAUGGAAAGUGCAGUUUAACUUGGGCAACAGCAGUCGGCCCAGCAACCAGUGCCGGAACUCCAUUCAAGGGAAACACCUCAUCACAGAUGAACUUGGUUACGUUUGUGAGAGGAAAGAUUUGCUGGUAAAUGGCUGCUGUAACGUCAACGUCCCUGGCACAAAGCAGUACUGCUGUGAUGGCUGCUUGUCCAAUGGCUGCUGCAGCGCCUAUGAGUACUGUGUCUCCUGCUGCCUGCAGCCCAACAAGCAACUUCUCCUGGAGCGCUUCCUCAACCGGGCAGCUGUGGCAUUCCAGAACCUCUUCAUGGCAGUCGAAGAUCACUUUGAAUUGUGUUUGGCUAAAUGCAGGACCUCAUCCCAGGGCUCUGUUCUUGUUUCCUCUGCCCCUGUUGAAAUGACUGGUCUGCUCAGCCGUGGGACAGUGGGAGCCUCAGGAAAGUCAUCUGCUGGGCGGCCUCCUCCUCUUCUGUCAUGGAAACCCCAUCUUAAGGCGAUUCCUCAGUGGAGAUACAUCUCGCAACUGACUAUGAAGAAAUGGAGUGAAGUGACUUCCCUGGGCCCCAUGACGGAACCAAAACACGACCUUCAUCUCCGGCGCCGGGUCCACUGUCCUUCCCACCACCCCUCGCCAGCUCCAACACUGACUCAUCUGUAAACACUCCUCUGAGAGCAUAUAGAUCUCGGUUGUCCAGGCCAGCAGAGGGGAGAGGUGGUAUAAGUAGCCAAAUUGGGUCAGUAAUCCAAAGGUCAUUUUCAUUCAGCCCUAGAGUAUGUUUUUCUGUACUCCUAAGAGGCACGUUCGCUGUUUUGGAAAGUCAUGGUACUGCAGACUCUGUAACGAAGCCACCCAAGGACGUGGAACGUCAUGGGCCUCCCCAGGCUUCUAGCCUGGACCCCUCCCUGCUCCCCUCUCUGGUUUGUUUCUGGCUCCUUCGACUGAAGAUUUCCAGAAUUAGGGACCUUGUCGUAGUUUUGUAUGCCCAGAGCUUAGCAAAGUGCAUGAUACACAUCGGAUUUUAAGAAAAGAUCAGAGAAGGAAUGAAAACACCUUUAGUUUAGAAGAAAAAUUUUUAAAUUGUUAUGUUUGGGGUGAAAGGUAGUUGGGUAAUUCAAAGCAUUUCCCUCAGUUCUGAAUCUUAAUUGCCAUGCUCGUUGCUGGAGCAAUAAAGAUAAGAUAUGUUCUAACAGGGAAAGAAGCAUUCUGUAGAAAAAGGCGCUGCCUCCACAGGGCCUGGGACUUGGGGUGGCCCUGGACCUGGCGACGCUGGGGCUGGCAUCGGAGGGCGAGCUCAGCAGCUCUUGGAAAAGCGGGGGAUAGGAUUUUAGAGCAGGGUUUGCAGUUUUUGGCCUGCUCCAGGAGCUGACUUGGAGGCUGUCCAGGGAGUGCCUCAGUUGGUGAGGCUGCAAAGGCGCUGUGGGAGCUGUGUGCAAGGUUCCGAGCAAGCUGUUCCCAUCGUUGGGAUUUGCAGGUAGAUUGUAAAUGAACGGAGAUGUUGCUUAUUUAGUCUACUCCUUUUUUUUUUUUUUUUUUUAAUGGUUAUUGGAGUAUAGUUACUUUACUCUGUUGUGUUAAUUUCUACUGUUAUUUAGUCUACUCUUCACAGGCUGGAGAGAAUUCGGCCUUGUAGUCAGUAACUCCUACUUAUUAAGGCAUGGCCUUGGGUAGUCUUUCCUCUUCUGAGUCCCAGGCCCUGCUUUGUGAUAUGGGAUCGCAUCUGCUCCUCGUGGGGUUGUUGUGAGGUGUUGGAGUGAGUAAAGGCCCAGUGCUGGGCAUGAAGUCCACAUCUGCAGUCCAGUGGGGGUCUGACAUCACGUAGUUGGCAAGGUGGGGAUGGGUGGGCCCCUUGGGUGGAAGGGUGGCAACUACAGAGUUCUAGGUAUUAUUUUUACAACUAUUUUUAGAAGAACUCAUGCUAAAGAUAAUUUUUAAAAUGCAGGUAAUUCAGAAAUGUGUCAAGAUGAAAGUAAUAAUGACCUAAAAUCAUGCAACCUAGAGAUCAGCCGUUUUUUUUCUCUUCCCUCAUGACUUUCUAGGCAGAUAUGAGAAUACUUUUUCUUCUUGAAAGCAAUCCUCUGAUGGACAUCCUUCUAUGUGACAUAUAGGCCUAUCUAAUAAUUUUUAGUGACCACCUGGUGUCGGUUUCAUGGAUAUACCGUAAUGUUAUUAAUCCCUGCUGAGGUCAUUUAGCUUAUUACUGUUUUUUUUUUUUUUCUUUUUUGGCUGCUACAAAUAGUGCACUGAUGAUAUGCUUUCACAUACACAUUUGUAUGUUUAUUUGAGAAUGAUUUUCACCAAUUUAUACUCCCACCUAAACUAUGUGGGGAGUGGGACUUCCCCGGUGGUCCAGUGGUAAAGGAUCCGCCUUACAAUGCAGGGGACGCAGGCUUGAUCCCUGGUCAGGGAACUAAGAUCCCACAUGCCGUGGGGCAACUAAGACCGCACGCCACAACUACUAAGCUCGUAAGCCUCAACUGAAGAGCCUGCGUGCCGCAAACUACAGAGCCCACACGCCCUGGAGCCUGCGCGCCACAACUAGAGAAGAGAAAACACGCACGCCACUACUAGGGAGAAGCCCGCGCACCUCAACGAAAGAUCCCGUGUGCCACAACUAAGACCUGACACAGCCAAAAAUAAAUAAAAUAAAUAAAGUAUGUGGGGAGUGUCUUUUGUCAUAUACCUAAGAACCCCUUGGUAUCAUUUUUUAACUCUUUUUGCUAAUGGAUCUCUAUGUUCUAAUUGAUAUUUCAUUUCUUCCCAUAUUUUGAUUGGGUGUUUAUCUUUCACAUGUGGUAAACUGCUCUUCUUGACCUUGGCCAGUUUUUCUUUUGUUGGUCUUUUUCUUACAGAACGUUCUUCACUGAAGGAGGCCUUAAACCCCUUUUCUUGUUUUUUUCAACCCUGCAUUACUCAGAAUCCAGUGGCUCACUUGUUAACUAACUUUUCCAGUUGAUCUAGGGCAGCAAAUGGGGGCAGUUUUGCCCCCAGGGAACAGUUGGCAAUGUCUGAGACAUUCUUAUCACAACUGAGGGCAGGUGGUAUGUGUAGUGGGUGGAGCCCACCACUGCCCCCACGACACAGAGUCAUCCAGCUCCAUGCAUCAGCAGUGCCGGCCGAGGCAGAGGCCCUACUCUCGGGUCAGAUUUUACCCCCUUCGGUUAAACAGAAAAACUACCAGGAGCUGAGAGCCAACUUGGUUAUUUCGCUGCCCUUGCCUUCUGCCGUGUGCAAGUGCUGCUGAUUAAAUUACCCUGGAAUCCCACAGGACGUGCUGCUUCCUCCCUGGUCUCUACCAGCCCAGUGCUGCCUCCAGGAAUGGCACUGUUACUCUGCGGCAGCGUCCCUCGCGCGCUGACACAAUCCAAGUGCAGACACCCUCCCGUGGGCAGAAUGACCAGGUUUACAGAGAGCCCCCUCCCCUCCUGGCAGAUCUGCCCUCCCCAUCCCCCUACAGUAGCUCUUUGCAAGGAGGGCCUUUGGGGGUGGGGCGAGGGGAAAUGAGUCACUACAGAUUCCAUUUGGAAAACUGGUCAUUCUACUCUAAAAAGGUACCACAUAAGUAAGUAGAAAUAAUUAAAAGAAAAAAGAAGCCAGUGGGAUUGUGAGAGUUCUUUCCUACACAGCACUUUUCCUGACUCUGUGGCAUCAGUGCGUUGCCUUCCGGGCCCUUUGCCUGUGUGGACUCUUGUUGCAUAGUGUGUUGUCAUGGUGUGAGGACAGUUUUGGGUACCGGGAUCCCCAUUUUCGCUCAGUCACAUGUCUGCAACAUUCAGCGUCCAGUCAGCUUACACAGACACGAAGAGGAACAGGUGGCCCCCGAGGGCCUGAGUGGGGAACAACAGGGGUUGUGUUUGUGUGGCCGACUCCGUGUCCCGGCAGCCCCUCGCCACGUACCUUCAAGUGUACAACUCGAUUCAUGUCUGCUGUUAGAGCUGAACUGCUGGACUUUUUAAAAAUACAAGUACAGCCUUUAAUAGUAUAAUAAACAGAGCAACUGGCUAGUUACAACCAGCGGGCCCUGCAGUCAGUCAAAUGUUUGGACAGGGGUCCAGCUAUAUUGUUUCUCAGGACUGCACAGUCUGUGGGCUCGGAGGAACCAAAACAUAUCACUGCUAGAAAUGCAUUUUAUUUCUAAGUGGGUACUUUACAAGUUUUUGGUAGGGUCAGUAGUUCCUCAGGUCUUUGGACUUUCUAAAUUCAUACAUUUUUUUAUGCAGCAUAGAGUAGGCAAGCUCUGGUCAGCUUACAUCCGGAUUAUCAAAAUCAGAAGUGUUUGCUAAAAGAAAAAGUGGUGUUGGCUAUCAGUUAAAUUCAAGAUUUCAGACUGUGUUGGUUACAUGUCACUAUUACUGAGGAGGAGUGUGUGUGUUUAUAAGUGUAACAGCAGAAUGAAGUCUGUGAGUAGCAUCCUAAUUUUACUGAUGAGAGCACAGGCAUUAAUGGCCUUGAGUACAUUAACCUCUUCUGGCUUUGGUUUCCUCAUUUGUCAAAGGAGGGUGAUUGCUAAGGUAUCUUGCAGAUCCAAAAUUCUGAUUUUUGUGCCAAAGAUCCUGCCGUGUGUUAAAGCAAGACCAGAGCCCAGCGACUUGGUCCUUGGCUUUGAUUUUCACUGGGUAAGUGGAGACCAGCCAUCUGGAGCCUGUUUUCUUCAAAUCAGGGCUUCCCCUUUUCUCUUGAAGAUUUCAACUGGGGCUCACCAUUUUUUGCCUUUUUCUCCUCAGAUUUUAAAUAGAGACCAUAUUCUUCUCUGCUGGGACCAACUUAUUAUGUAUUGCUGCUCUGCACCUGUGAAGACAGCUGCUGUGUUUUCCAUCAUAAAAACAGCUGUCUUUUGGCAGGGAAGCCCAGAAUGUGCUCUGUAGCUAUACCUUAAUACAGUGCUAAAUUAUUUAGGCAUGCUUAACCUGAGAUGCUCAGAGCAUCUUGGAAUUCCUAUUAAGGGCUUCUGUAGUCAUCGCUCAGUGAAAGGUUUCCCUUUCAUUUCUUUCCUGAUUACUAGGCAGAAACCUGAAAAUGUAGGGAAUUACAUUUUAAAAUAAUAGAAAAUUACAAAGAUACUAAAUUGUACCACAAUAGUCAGAUCCCCAGCCCCCAAAGAUAACCACUAAUUAAAGUUUUUAUGUAAAGUUAUCUUUUUUUCGUACAUGAAUGUGUAUUUUGUGUUAGUACAUAAAUAAAGGUAGAAUCCUGCUGUACAUAAUAUUUUAAAACAGUUCUUGU